GAGAAUGAAGUCUCUAGAAUUCAGAAUAAUCAGCCCAAGUUUUGCAGCUAAUAUAGCCAAAACUUGAGAUUUAGAAUUCAGAAUUCUUUGUUACUUGAGUCUCAUAUAUAAAUGAUUAUUCGGGCAUAAUUAACGUACAUUAGAAUUUCGAUAUCUUGAUAUUAAUUCACUUGGCUCUUUCAGUAUAUCUCUAACUCCAUACGUGAUUCGCUGCAGCCAGGAUCGGUCAUAAACUAUUACCCCGGAAUUAUAAAGUUGCUCCAUCCAACUAUGCAACUGUUUCUCUGAGUCACUCACAAACAAAUUUGCAGUAUCUUUAUAUCCAGUUUAAAGUUUAAACAAUAAACAACCACUUUUCUCACAGAUCAGUAGUAAUACUAAAUUUAUAAAAAAAAAUCCAAAGAAAACCUUAAACUCAAACACCAGCAAAAUUAAACAAGAGAGAUAACAUAGAAACAUACCCAGUGAAUUUCCGUUCAUCUUUCUAGCAGCUUCAGUUCCCCCCGUUUCCGCCUGCUUUCUCGGUGAAAAUACAGAGAGAAAGAGGAGUGGAGUACAAUUCGUGGAAUACUUGCUUUUUUGUUCUUCCCUUUGUUUAUUGUCAUGCUUUUUCCUUCUUGUUUUUCCCAAGCCAAGCGAACCCAAUACUUAUGUUUAUCUUUUCUUCAUAAAUUCUCAACAAAUUCAAGCUCAAACACUGCCAUUAAUCUGGGAAAUGAUGUAUUAAACGAGCAAGAAAAAGGGUACCAUGAUUUCCUCAAAAAUGUCCACCAAACCUCAGAUUUACCCCAUGGAAAAGCAAUUCAUGCCCAGAUCAUCAAAAACUGUUGCUUCCGUUCCAUUUUUCUCCAGAAUUUUCUUCUCAAUAUGUACCUUAAAUUCGGGGAUUUUGACAAUGCAGUCAACCUGUUCGACGAAAUGCCCCACAGAAAUGUUGUGUCUUGGUCUUCGUUUAUUGCUGGAUUUGUGCGCAAUGGUUUUGCUAAGCAGGGUCUUUUAUAUUUUUCUUGUAUGUUAGAUACUGUGAGGCCUAAUGAGUUCACUUUAGUUAGUGCACUUAAUGCUUGCUCUUCUACUGGGUUUGUUUCUCAGGCUUAUCAGGUUUACUCAUUGGUUAUUCGACUUGGAUUCCAAUGGAACGUUUUUGUUAGGAAUGCAUUUUUGACUGCUUUGAUAAGGAAUGGUGAGGUAUUGGAUGCUAUUAAGGCUUUUGAUGGGUGUUUGGAUAAAGAUAUUGUGUCUUGGAAUGCUAUGAUGUCUGGGUACUUGAAGUUUUCACCUUUACAGGUACCUAGCUUCUGGUUGAGGAUGAUUCGUGAAGGUGUAAAGCCUGAUGGAUUUUCAUUUUCUGUGGUUCUUAGUACCUUGGCUGCUGUUGGUGAUGAUAAAUUUGGAAUGCAGAUGCACGGUCAGCUUGUUAAGUUUGGCCAUGGAAGUGAAACAUGUGUAGGGAAUUCAGUAGUUGAUAUGUAUUUGAAGUUUGGGGAUUUUGUUAAUGGGCUUAAAGCUUUUCGUGAGAUUAGUUGCAAGAAUGUUCGGUCCUGGACAUCAUUGGCAACCGGCUUCUUGACUUGUGGGGCGCCAAGUAAAGCACUAGAACUCCUUGGAGAAAUGAAGAUGGAGGGUAUACGGCCUAAUCAGUUUAGUCUUGCCACUACCUUUAAAGCAUGUGCUAAUAUGGCUUCUUUGGGUGAAGGGAAGAAAGCUCAUGGUUUGAGAAUAAAGCUUGGAAGUGAGAUGGAUAUAUGUGUGGACAAUUCUCUGCUUGAUAUGUAUGUCAAAUGCGGAUGUAUUGAUAAUGCAAUGGUGGUAUUUAGGCGGAUUAAGGAUGGUACCACAGUUACAUGGACUACUAUGGUUAUGGGAUUUGCCCAAAAUGGUCAAGCGUUGGAAGCUCUCCAAAUUUUCGAUGAAAUGGUAACUAAGGGUGUCAAACCAAAUGAAAUUAGUUUUGUGUGUGUUCUUUAUGCUUGUAGCCAAGGUGGGUUAGUGGAAAAAGGAUGGAAAUAUUUCUCUUUAAUGACAAAUCAAUAUGGAAUUUCUCCGGUAGAGGACCACUAUGUUUGUAUGGUUGAUCUGCUUGGAAGGACUGGACAUAUAAAAGAAGCAGAAGAGCUUAUCUCAAAAAUGUCUUGUAAAGCAGGACCAUUAGUUUGGAAAACCUUACUUGGUGCCUGUCAUAUUUAUGGGGAUUUUGAAGCAGGAAAGCGUGCAGCACAGUGUGCAAUGCAUCUUAAGCAAAGUGAUCCUUCAACGUAUGUCUUGUUAUCCAACAUGUUUGCGGGUUUGAACCACUGGGAAGGAGCAAAGACAACGAGGGACAUGAUGAAUACUAGAAAUGUAAACAAAAUUGAGGGAACCAGUUCAUUAAUACAAGUAUCUAUCUGAUUAUUGGCGCCAUGAUUCCUAAAGGUCUGAACUACAAGGAUUAAUUGGACUUUGCAGGCAAAGACGGUUGUAUGUUGAUUACAGUUGUCGGCUUCUGUUUGAUCAGGCUGUGACCAUAAUGCCUUAUGGUUAUGCUGUUAUUGACCUGGUCAGUUUAAACCCAUCCCGUACAGAAGAAAUCUGUCUGUCUAGAUUUCUGGCACUAGUUUUGCAGUUCAUCUCACAGAGGCAGAGACCAGUGCGUGGAAGUGCUUCUAGGCUGUUGCUGGAUUAUAAUCGAACUUUUCCUUGCAAGACCUCCUUUACAGCAGCUGGUUGUUAUCUCUGUGCCGCUUCUGGCACCAAUGGAACCAAGGUCCUCGUCUGUUGCUCAGUUCAAUCCGUUCUUUCCUCAAAAACAGAAUUAUAUUCCACAUAUCUUGGCCAGGGGCAAAAACAAUGUUUUUCAUCUGAUAUGGAGCAAAUAGUCAUAGAUAAAAAAAAAUCUUAAAGCACUUAGUUUCAGAUGCUUCACAUGUUCACUUUCAUGAUGACAUGGCUUCAAACUCUGUCCUAGUUGAAGCUAGAAGACUCAAAAUUCUUAGCGAGUCAACCUACGAGUCUAUUUUACAGUUGCAGAUGAAAGAGAAACAACUGUUUAAGUCUAAAUCAGCAAGUCUAAGAAUGAAGUAGAAUUAGUACCUAGUAAAGAACCAUUUCGAGCAGGACAUAGCUGUUACUUUAUGAGCAGGUUCUAUCUUGCAUGGAUGUCAAAUGAUGGAAAGGACUCAUGUUUUAGUUCUUUGGAAGAUGGUGGGAAAACAAGCCAUCAGGAUUGCAGUUUGUGCAUUGGUGGUGACGCGGUAGCUUACAUGCGUCACAUGAUUGAUGAAGACUGGUUGUUUCUUGCAAAAUUGUCAAAAGCUGAAGAUUCCUGCACCUUUAAACAGCAGAAGUUCCUUGUUAAAACUGGUAUGGAGGAAGUAACUGACAAGAUCGUCAGCUAAACAGGCACUAAGAAAUCUGAAAACUAUUCCGGUUGCUGCUCGAAGAAGCUUACCUGUCAUAGUUAGUACAGAGGGCUUCCUGCUAAGCAUUCCAGUAAAGUUGAUUGUUUUUUGCAAUUGCAGUUUUCAUCUGUAGUGAUAGUUAUAUUUGAUGUUACUCUUUUAUUAGAUACUUAGAUAGGCUAACCACAUAGCUCCCUCCAGGAUGUUGUCACCAUUUUCUAGUUGAUUUCUUGUGUUUAUUUUCCAGAUUUAACUGCUAACAUGUUUUACCGUUGUCUUAGA